CCUAGUGUAGUUGCAAUCGAGGAGCAAUGGUGCUUGGAGUAUCUGGAGUCUUCGAUGUUUUGGGGACCUCAAUUCACCAUUCAGAACACAAUAAAAACUGCAAAUGUCGGGGAAUAUGAACAAGGCGGUUAUUCCCUUUCGGACUGCUUCAUUGAAAUUCACUAUUGACAAUAUUCUUAGUCUGAAGCAAAACAACAACAGCAACUUGGAUGCAUACGACUCAAACGUGCAGAGCGACGCCGGCUGUACAAAUAUUUUCACCCACCGAUAUGAGGACUACGAUGAACAAAGAAGGCAUGAGUCAAACUACACACACACCGAGACAGCGCAAACAAACAGCACCCGCCACGAUAUCUCGGCUUGUGCGCUUUCAGUCUGCCGUGAGGACGUCAAGGCGACGAAGAUGAUUGACACUAGUCCAAGGACCGAGAGCACUAGCAGCUGCGACGAUGUAUCUGAGCAACAUAAAGGCAACUCGAAAACCAAAGCAAUGGCAAAGAAGAAAACACGCACUAUAUUCUCCAAGAGGCAAAUUUUUCAGCUGGAAUCUACCUUUGACAUGAAAAGGUACCUGAGCAGUGCAGAACGGGGAUGUCUGGCGAACUCAUUACAACUUACCGAGACUCAAGUGAAAAUUUGGUUCCAGAAUCGUCGGAAUAAAUUGAAGCGACAGUUAUCCACGGACAUUGAAGGACCAGUUCCAGGCGACCACUUUUCAGAGGCCGGGAAAAAUGUGCAAUUACCAACUCUUUACAAAGAUAGCAACAUAUUGGGCGGAUGUUUGCUACCAAUGCCUUUCCCUGUUAUGUAUCCAGGAAACAGCGCGCCUUACAUUUAUUUUUCAAACGCUGGUAAAUAUUUUAGCCUUUUCGAUGCAGACGGAUGACUUUUAGGGAUGUAGGCUACCCAGUCGACAUCCAUGGCAAUCAAAAACGUUUGGAAUUAGAGCACCCACUGACACGUGGUAAUAACGUUGUAUUUUUUAUUUUAUUUUCAAGGAUGUUAAUACAAAUUCAGCAUCACUGAAAAUGCACAUUUCUUCAGUAUACAUAGAUAAUAGAGCUAUUCAGUUUAUGCUGGCGUUCUCGUGAUAUUUGCGUCAUUGACCAAUGCACGACAUGCAUGUGCCACUUUUAGUCUUUCACAAUUGCAAAUAAUUAAGUUAAUACAAAGUGAUAUGGUUUUGGGUGAGUUUAAAUAAAGAUUAGGGCCCAAGGGGAGCCUAUAUAGUCAGUGUAGCCUACACGUUGUUAUUAUUUUUAUAUUAUUAUAAAGGAUAUUAUUAUUAUUAUUUCUACUUCUCCCACAGCUAUUUUCAUCAAUGAAUUCACACCAUACCAAAGUAUGAUCUAUGCAUGCAUUAUUGUUAUUUGAUCCAUUUUAUUUUGUACAGUAAUGACAUUUGAAUGAAUGUAUGUUUAUGUUGUGUUUGGGAUUUGAUGUCUGAACUAUUUGUUCACUUUAUUAGGCCUACCUUUAUUAUCCCACCAUUCGUUGUUGCUUGCUUCCUAGAUAGUUCCAGGUAAGAUUUUCUAAGUAUUGUAGCUAUAGUCUUAAAUUGUUGACAUAUCUUUCUCUCUGUGCAGUCUUAUUACAGUUUAAUAAUAUGGCCUUACUUUUGCAGUUCCAUGUUGGUUUGUAAUCUUUUUUUUUUUUUUUUUUUACAUGUUAUUAUCUAAAAUAAUUUCAAACGACAGAUUGUAAAGCUGUUGACUUAUAUCAUGAAGAUGAUAAUAUGCAAUAAAAUGUUU